AGUAAAUUAGAAUUUUAACAAAAAGUUCAUUUAUUUCAGUAACUCAAUUCACUCAGUGCAAUACAUUAUAAAGAUUAAUUGCAUGCAGACUAAUUUUUCAAACCUUUAUUUAUGUUGCUAAAGAGUUUCAGCUUACAGCUAAUAGAACAAAAUUUAAAAGGAGGAUAUAAAACUAAAAAGUCUAAGAUAGAAGCAAUUUAUUUCAUUCAAAUGCAGUUUUUGACAUAACAAACUCAAUAUCUAAACAUAAUUCCACACGAAAUCCAAGUAAAGGCAAUUUGAAAAAGAUGUUGUGGCCUGUAUUCAAAGUGAACAGGCAGGAAACAGGAAGACAGAAGAGGGGGAAAACAUGCAGUAAAGGUCUCAAGGUUAAAGCAAACCCUGCAUUGAGGACUAAUCGCCUGUUUAUAUGAAGUAUACCAAUCUCUGUCCUCAAAUUUUACAUUUAAAUACAGUUUGCAUCACGCUCUGCAAAGCAUGUUUCCUUUUUCCACAUCUUUAAAUAGUUGAAAAAUUCUGUUUGCUUCUGACCAACUUAUUAUUAUAGUUUGUACAUUUUAUCUAUAUUCUUCUCACUUGCAGUCAUAAUAUAAAUCCUUUUUUUUUUAUUAAUUAUUGGCACUAAAGGGCCUCCACAUUUCCCACAACGAUGUGUAUUUUCUUGAAACGUUUCACAUUCCAGUAGAGCGUAAAUGUCACGGGGCGGUGCUACGUUCACUGGCCCCUCCCCCUUAAACCACGAGGCUCUAGUGUUGACAGGCCGAUAACCGCCUAUAGGCACUCAGCAUCCAGCUGGCUGCCAGACAAAGACUGCUCUCUCGUCCUACCGGCUGAACUAUCGCCAGAAAACGCCUCCUUUUUGACGUUAAUAGCUUCUAAAAGCUUUAUUUUAAAGUGUGUCGAACUAGAUAAAGCGUCCGUUCGGACCUUUUUUCCGCCUUGUAGUGCAGGACAAACCAACCAGACUCCGCCUUCGCUUAAUUUGUCAACAAAGGGGUUUGACAAGCUCGGAAAGCCCUGCCCCCAUGUUUCCAUAAAAGGAUGAUUUGGGUAUACACGGCCAACAAUCAAACCCUUGCUAACCUUUUCUUUUCACCAUCCACUUCAUAUGGUGCGUUGACUUCCUCCGGCGCUGUGAAAGCGGAGCUAUGAUGGCGGAGCGCGUGCAGCAGCCCCCGGCCAAGCGGCUCUGCUGUCGGCCGGGCUUCGGUGCAACAUGUAGGCAAGGCCAGCGGGCCGCUGGGGCUCUGUGCGGCGGCUCGGCUGCCACCCAGGGCGAGUCGAGUCGAACCCAGAGCCCGGAGUCUCUCCUGGACAUCGCGGCGAGAAGAGUCGCGGAGAAGUGGCCGUUUCAGCGGGUGGAGGAGCGCUUCGAGCGGAUCCCGGAGCCCGUUCAGAGACGGAUAGUGUACUGGUCCUUCCCGAGGAGCGAACGGGAAAUCUGCAUGUACUCGUCGUUCAACACCGGCGGCGGGGAGGAGGUCGGAAGUGGCGGCGAGAGCAGCGACGAGACGCGGCUGCCGUUCCGACGCGGCAUCGCUCUACUGGAGAGCGGCUGUGUUGACAACGUACUGCAAGUCGGUUUCCACCUCAGCGGGACGGUCCGGGAACCGGCCACGUCCUCCGAGCCGGAGCUGCUGUGCAACGUCAGCGUCAGCUUCGACCGCUGCAAGAUCACGUCGGUGACAUGCAGCUGCGGCAACAAGGACAUCUUCUACUGUGCCCACGUGGUGGCGCUCUCACUCUACCGGGUACGGAAGCCCGAGCAGGUCAAGCUGCGCCUGCCCAUCUCAGAGACGUUGUUCCAAAUGAACAGGGACCAGCUGCAGAAGUUCGUCCAGUACCUGAUCACGGUGCAUCACACGGACGUGCUGCCGACGGCGCAGAAGCUGGCCGACGAAAUACUGUCGCAGAACUCCGAGAUCAACCAGGUGCAUGGAGCUCCAGAUCCGACGGCGGGGGCGAGCGUGGACGACGAGAACUGUUGGCAUUUGGAUGAGGAACAGGUCCAGGAACAGGUCAAGCUCUUUCUCUCCCAGGGCGGGUACCACGGCUCGGGAAAGCAGCUCAACCUGCUGUUCAGCAAGGUGAGAGAGAUGCUGAGGAUGAGGGACUCCAACGGCGCUCGCAUGUUGACGCUGAUCACAGAGCAGUUCAUGGGCGACCCCCGACUGGCGCUGUGGAGGCAGCAGGGGACCACCAUGACUGACAAGUACAGGCAGCUGUGGGACGAGCUAGGCGCCCUGUGGAUGUGCAUCGUCCUGAACCCGCACUGUAAGCCUGAGCAGAAGUCUUCGUGGCUCCGGCAGCUCCGCAGGUGGAACGGCGUGGACGUGUGUCCCUUGGAGGAUGGUAACCAUGGCAGCGAGCUGAUCAAUCUGACCAACGCUCUGCCCCAGGGGCCUCCUGGCAAUCCAGACGCUCUGACGCGCCCUCACCGGACCGUCUUCACGCGCGCCAUCGAGGCCUGCGACCUGCACUGGCAGGACCCCCACCUGCAGCACAUCAUCACCGAGGACCACUACAACAACUACUGUUACCACGACAACCUCAACGGCUCCCUCUUUGACUCCAGAGGGUGGCCCCUGUGGCACGAAAACGUUCCCACGGCGUGCGCCCGAGUGGACGCCCUGCGGUCACACGGUUACCCCAGAGAGGCGCUGCGGCUGGCCAUCGCCAUCGUCAACACGCUGCGGCGGCAGCAGCAGAAGCAGCUGGAACUUUUCCGCGGCCACAGAAAAGAGCUGCUCCACAGGGGCGUAACAUCCGUCACCAACCUGGAGGGCUGGGUGGGCCACCCUCUGGACCCCAUCGGCACUCUGUUCGCCACCCUCCUGGAGACGGGACAGGGGAGCGACGACGGAGCUACCGCCGACUUCCCAGGCUCCCUGGGCCCCUGCAGGAGGCCGGAGAACCCCGUUUACACGCCGCCGCCACUACCUCUUCUGGAGGAAGGCGAGACGUUUGCGGCGCUGGCUGUGGAGACGGCGCUGAUGGGUCUGGGCCAGCAGAGGGCGAUGCCGGACGGCCUCUACGCCCAGGAGAAGGUGUGUCGCAACGAAGAGCAGCUAUUGGCCAAGCUCCAGGAAGUGAACCUGGACGAGGCGCUGGUGAAGAUCCUCCGGAAGCAGGCCACGCUUCUGCUGGAGGCUGGUCCUUACAGCGGUCUGGGGGAAGUCCUCUACAGAGAGAGCGUCCCCAUGCACACGUUUGCCAAGUAUCUCUUCACCUCCCUGCUACCUCACGACGCCGAGCUGGCGUACAACAUUGCACUGAGGGCCAUGAGGUUGCCGGUCCUCGAGUCCACACCCCCUUCUACUGACUUGUCUCGGCCUCAGCACAUAGUGUCGGUGGUGCCCAAUCGCUACCCUCGCUGGUUCACCCUGAGCCACAUAGAGAGCCAGCAGUGUGAGCUGGCCUCCACCAUGCUCACAGCUGCUAAAGGUGACGCCUGCAAGCUCCACACAGUGUUAGAGUCCAUCCAGAAGAACAUCCACUCUUCCUCUCACAUCUUCAAGCUGGCUCAGGACGCCUUCAAGAUCGCCACGCUGAUGGACAGCCUGCCGGACCUCACGCUGCUCAAGGUCUCCCUGGAGCUGGGCCUCCAGGUGAUGAGGUUGACUCUGUCCACGCUGAACUGGCGGCGGAGAGAGAUGGUGCGCUGGCUCGUCACCUGCGCCACUGAAGUCGGUGUGUUUGCUCUGGACAACAUCAUGCAGAACUGGUUCACACUCUUCACGCCGACGGAGGCGACCAGCGUGGUGGCCAGCACCAUCAUGUCCAACAGCACCAUCGUCCGCCUGCAUCUGGACUGCAACCAGCAGGAAAAACUGGCCAACUCCGCCCGCACCCUGGCGCUACAGUGCGCCAUGAAGGACCCCCAAAACUGUGCCCUGUCCGCCCUGACGCUCUGCGAGAAGGACCACAUUGCCUUCGAGACAGCCUACCAGAUUGUACUGGACGCAGCCGCCACAGGAAUGAACUACACCCAGCUGUUUACAAUAGCACGCUACAUGGAGCACCGCGGCUAUCCCAUGAGGGCGUACAAACUAGCAACGUUAGCCAUGACGCACCUUAACCUCAGUUACAACCAGGACACGCACCCGGCCAUCAACGACGUGCUCUGGGCAUGCGCCCUUAGCCACUCGCUGGGGAAGAAUGAGCUGGCAGCCGUCAUCCCCCUGGUGGUGAAGAGCGUGAAGUGCGCCACCGUGUUGUCGGACAUCUUGAGGCGGUGCACGCUGACGACGCCGGGCAUGGUGGCGCUGCACAGCCGCAGGAACUCUGGGAAGCUGAUGUCUUUGGACAAGGCUCCGCUCAGGCAGCUGUUGGACGCCACCAUCGGGGCCUACAUCAACACAACGCACUCUCGGCUGACGCACAUCAGCCCGCGCCACUACAGCGAGUUCAUCGAGUUCCUCAGCAAGGCCAGGGAGACGUUUCUGAUGGCGCACGACGGACACAUCCAGUUCACGCAGUUCAUAGACAACCUGAAACAGAUCUACAAGGGCAAAAAGAAGCUCAUGAUGCUCGUGCGAGAGAGGUUUGGUUGAAUGACCGAAUUUCGUCCUGGGAAAAUUUUCAUGGGAUUCUUACUGCUCUGAUUCAGGACUCUAGUAUAAGGAACAAGGUCUUGAGGCCAAAAAAAAAAAACUAGGAUGUUAAAAUGUACUGAGCACAAGACGAGACAUUUUGGCAUCGAAACAACCGAAAGUAAUGAAGAUAAAACAGGAAUUUUCAAUCAGUAACAACCUUAAAGCAACACCAAGGGGCAGAUGUAUGAAACUGUGUGUUAAUGGGUAGUAAAAAUAUUACCUUCCUCCUUCCAGGGUAGUUACAAAAUAAUAAAUGACAGUAUAGCUACUUUGUAGCAACUUUCGGCAGUGUUAAACUCAUUAAAGGCAAAGUUUACCUGCCUAAGACUUAGUUUAUGAGUUUUCCUGUAGCGAUCCACGAUAUAUUGGCAAUAACAUUGAUAUCGGCCCAUGUUAGUAAUUUUUGAACAUAUCGGUAUUGGUCCGAUAAUUAAAAGUGGACCGAUGUUAACUGAUGAUUAUUUCCGUCCCGUUUGUGUUUCUGGGAGGAGAGCAGAGGAGGUUAGUCGUGUGGCAUUUGCUUGGUCAUGCGACAGUGAUAAGGAUGCAGCGCAGGAUUAUAGGUAUUUAAGUGAAGCAGAGAAACAAUAUAGGUGACGUGGUAACUUUAACAUGAUGUCGAAAGUGGAGGAAAAUAUUUGUAUUAUAUAUAAGUAUUUUGUAUCGCCCAUGACGGCAGUAUUAAUAUCAGAUAUCGGCUCAUUUUUUUUUUUAAUCAGUGCAUCCCUGUGAUUCCCAUUAAUCUUUGUCAAAACACUGAUGUCACUGGGAUGAGCUAGCACGGGAGCAUGAAUGAAAAUAUUUAAACACCUUGCCAAUACUGAAGACCUCUAACUUUUUUGCCGAGUUUUGUUCAUUGAGGACAAUACGGUUUAAGGGAAAUGCAAGGAAUUAACAUUUUUGUAAGGUCGAAUGUUAUUUAGUUUGGUUUUGAGUGCACCCACUCAACACAAGAGAAUCAGAAUCCCAGUUUAUAAACUGAGAAUAAUUUGUUCUAGCUUUGACUGGAGCUUUGUAAGAAUAAAGCAUCUCAGAGGAGUUUUCUCAGUAGAAAAUUAUGCAAAUUUAGCUUUGUAUAUUCCGGACUUGUCAACAAAAUCAUGAAAAAUACCAGUCUGCCAACCAGUUUGCUAAUUGUGAAGCUAAUUUUUUGGUUUAAUCCUUUAGCAUUUUUUGCUAACUUUGAAAAAGUUUAGCGCACUUAACUUUCCCUUAAUACAUUUUUCUGGUCCAGUUCUAAAGCACCAAUUUAAUUGGCUGUUGUGCAAACUUUAAAGUUUUGAAUAAAGUUUAACAUCUAUGUUGAAGUUUUGGUUAUUAACAUUUAUAUUCAUGCUCUUAUUUUGAAACAAGUGAAGACUGUUUAUACAGCAGGUCUGUUUCCUCUCCUGACAGGUGUUACUAACACCUGGUGUGUAUCAACAUGGUUGAAUUUAUCGCUUAAGUGGAUUAGCAUUGGCUACUGCUAAAUACCAUGUUGGUAUAGUGGAUUAGCAGCAGUGGAACUAAUGUUUUAGGGUUAGCACAACUAACUUUUUAGCUAGCGGUGUCCACCACUGAAAAUUACCAGCCAGCAUCUCCCUGGCGUAAAAAGUGAUGAGCACAUUUAGAUGUAAAAACAUCCAAAUCUAAAUUUGUGGAUUACUCAAUUUCAAUAUUUGACCUAAAACUGAACAAUUUUGAUUCGAUGUUGGUGACAUUUCAACCAUAUGAAAAGGUGUAGAGAUAGCUUUAGUACACACAGCGUUUCUGCAUCUGAUCCCUGGUGUAGACGUGUAAGAAGCUGAAGUUUUUGAAGAAGUAUCAGUGGUACCUGGAUGUUCUGUUCUUUCCCUUUAUGUGAAAGUGAGAGCUGCUGAAACGUCUGCCUUUGCACUCCUCUGACUCCCCUCAUCUAACGGCCUCAAAAAGAGAGGAACGGCUUUAAACCAAAUGGUGCAACUCCAUCUGAAAUGACAGUACCUCUUGUUUAAAAAAAAAAAAUCCAGCUUUACUCCUUUACUUCCCCCCUCCAUGAGGAAAUAAUGAGAAAAUGCCGAAUCGGAGUUCAUCUUGCCGCCUUUUCUCCCCCGCUUCACGGCGCGUCCUACGUUCAGACUGCUCACUUGAACACAUCGGUCGCCAUGGUGUCGACGCUCGCUCGCUCACGCGGAAGCUGUCAAACUACAUUCUCAGGGAUUUCUCUCCAAAAGCAGACAGAAAAAGAGAACAUAAGCAUUUUAUGUGUCCUGUAUAUAUGAAAGCUGAUUAUUGGAAGAAAAAAAACAUGUACAUUAACUAAUUUAUGACAAAAUAUUCUACGUAAGGCACAAUACUUGAAGCUGCAUUACUUUGGAUUUAUUAUUUCUUUUGCUUUGUUUUGUUUCUCGAAAUGACAAGAAAAAAAAGAGAGAAACAUAUCAGUGCGACUUGACGUCGGGCUCGCGUUGCGUCAGAUAUUUGCGACGCGCCGCCCGCUCCGCCGCGCAGACACGGACUGAGCUGCGGGAACGCGGGGCGGGAACAGUUCUCCCGAACACAGAGGCACAUUGAGGAUUUCUGAAGUCAGACAGAGAGAGGCCUGUGGAGGCAAAGCGGCCUCCGCUCGCCUCGGUUCACGCCUCUUCUCUCACCUCGACUUUGUGCUGGACAGAAAGUUGCUCUCUGCGGUGGUUCUCGAUUGUCCCUCUGCUUUCAUUUCUGCGCUUCUUCUCACCUGAACCGCUUUUUUCCCUUUCUCUCUUGUAUCCGCCCCUCACAGGAACAGCCUUGUAUCUCGCCUUGUCUUAAUGCUUUAAACGAACCAAAUGUGGAGUGGUCUGGCAGUACCAAACUGUUUUCCUCGGCCAACGGACUUGUGUUACAGACUGUUUGAUUUGUAGCUGGACUGGCUCGGUGCCGUGUUGCUUUAAGAAGCUCAUCUCAUCUGUUUCCGGUGUCGUCUGUUUUGUAGCGCCUUCGUUUAGAAGCGAAUAUUGUUCCCUUUUUUUUAUUAUUUUUUUUAUUUAUUACGUCAAGUAAAUGAUUGUACGACCAUGUCAACAUGCUCAUGAAUAUGAAGAUUUGAUACACUGAUCAAUUUAUUUAUGUAACUAAAUCACUGUUUUAUAAACUUGUUAAAGAAUCAUUUUGUUUUGAUUAAAUUAGUUUUUUGAGAGGA